AUGGCGAAGCUCGAGAUUCCUAUCAUUGACUUCUCUGGAUUUUACUCAGAAGACCCAGCUGAAAAGAAGAAGGUUGUGGACCAAGUUCGUGAGAGCUGUUUGUAUAAUGGAUUUUUCCAGAUCCUGGGACAUUCUGUUCCUGUAGACAAGCAAGCCAAAGCCCUGCAGUGCGCCAAAAAGCUCUUCAACCUCCCCUUGGAGGAGAAAGAGAAGGUUUCAAAGAACAACAACACUUGGAACCGUGGUUAUGAGAUGUUGAGGUCACAGAUUCUCGAGGAGGGUACUCAGCCAGAACUUAAAGAGGGUUUCUACAUCGGUGACGAAAUUCCAAAAUCUCACCCCUAUUUCGUCAACAAGAAACUCAACAGUGGCCCCAACCAGUGGCCGGAAGCCUUGGGAGACGAUUUGGAGGACUUCAAGUAUCAGACCAUGGAUUACUACCGGUCAACGCUGAGCCUAGCCUCUGAUCUCAUGCGAGUGCUAGCACUUUCCCUUGAUCUAAAGGAGGACUAUUUUAGUGACUUCCUGGAUGGUGCUGUUGCUACCAUGAGGCUUCUGCACUAUCCUUCUCAGCCUAAAGACGCCGACGAAAAGCUUACUCGAGGCAUUGGCGCUCAUACAGACUUUGGUGCUAUCACCAUGCUUCUUCAAGACGAUGUCGAUGGUCUUCAAGUUUGGGAUCAGAAGAAUAACACCUGGAUUGAUGUCCAACCAACCAAGGGAGCAUUCGUUGUCAACCUGGGUAACCUGAUGGCUCGAUGGACAAACGAGAAGUACAAGAGCAACGUCCAUCGCGUCAUUAACAAGACUGGCAAAGAGAGAUACUCUAUCCCCGUCUUCGUGUCUGGUAACCCCGAUUACGUUGUUGACUGUAUCCCAACUUGCAAAGCACCUGGGGAGGAGGCCAAGUUCAAACCAGCAACUGUUGAGGAGGUUGUGUCAGCGUCUUAUGCCGAGUCUUACGGAAGAGCUCAGUUGUACAAGCAGGGCCUUGAGAAGAAGGCUGAAAGUGCUGUGGGAAGCACGCCUCUCCAACAAGUUGCAGCUUGA